GGUGACAGGGUAUGGCUGCGGGAGCAGAACCAGCUGCAGCCAUGCACUGUUGGCUCAUGUGCCAAUGGAAAUGUGCUCUUCACCUCAGAUUACGGCACAGUAUUCCAGUACCCCAAGGCCUCCCUUACCAGAGAAAAGGUCUUGCCAAUGCACCAGACCAGCAUUGAUGGGGUAGAAGACAUGUCCAUGCUGGGAGAUCUGCAUGAAGCUGCCAUCCUGCUUAACCUGCGCCAGCGCUAUCAACAGGGUAACAUCUAUACAAACAUUGGUUCCAUCUUGGCAUCAGUAAAUCCCUAUAAACUCAUCCCUGGACUGUACAGCGUGGAUGCCAUAGACCUGUACAGACAGCACCGCCUGGGUGAGCUGCCUCCCCAUAUCUUCGCCACUGCUAAUGAGUGCUACUGCUGCUUGUGGAAGCGUCAUGACAGCCAGUGUGUUCUGAUAAGUGGAGAAAGUGGAGCUGGAAAGACUGAGAGUACCAAGUUGCUGCUGAAAUUUCUGUCAGCUAUGAGCCAGACCUCCCUUGGGGGCCCUGCAUCUGAGAAGAGCACUCGCGUGGAAGAAGCCAUCCUGGAAAGCAGCCCCAUUUUGGAGGCCUUUGGAAAUGCCAAGACAAUUUAUAACAACAACUCCAGCCGCUUUGGCAAGUUCAUCCAGCUGCACUUCUCUCAACAUGGACACAUCCAAGGAGGCCGAGUAACUGAUUAUUUACUGGAAAAGAACAGAGUGGUACACCAGAAUCCCGGAGAGAGGAAUUACCAUAUCUUUUAUGCUCUUCUAGCUGGUGUGAGCAAGGAGCAGAAAGAGAGCCUCUUCCUCUCUGAGCCAGAGAGUUACCACUACUUGAACCAGUCUGGUUGUGUGACUGAUGAGAACCUGAAUGACGUAGAGAUGUUCAGUAAGGUCAUGACUGCCAUGAAGGUGGUGGACUUCAGCACUGAAGAAAUCAGAGACAUCUUCAGACUUCUUUCUGGCACUCUUCAUUUGGGAAAUGUUGAAUUCAUGACAGCUGGCGGGGCCCAGGUCACAACAAAAGCCGUGCUGAACAUUGCCAGUGACCUCCUGGGCUUAGAUGCCUUUCAGCUUUCUGAAGUACUGACACAGAGGUCCAUGAUUCUGCGUGGGGAAGAGAUCAGCUCCCCUCUCACUGUGGAGCAGGCAGCUGACUCCAGGGACUCCCUCUCUAUGGCGCUCUAUUCCCAGUGUUUUUCAUGGCUCAUUAGCAAGAUUAAUACGAAGAUCAAAGGCAAGGAAAACUUUAAGUCUGUGGGCAUCCUGGAUAUCUUUGGCUUCGAGAACUUUCAGGUGAAUCGUUUUGAGCAGUUUAAUAUUAACUAUGCAAAUGAAAAACUCCAGGAAUAUUUCAACAAACAUAUCUUCUCCUUGGAGCAGCUGGAGUACAACAGGGAAGGGAUAAACUGGGAAGCCAUUGACUGGAUGGAUAAUGCAGAGUGCCUGGACCUUAUCGAGAAGAAACUGGGUCUACUGGCUUUGGUGAAUGAAGAGAGUCGAUUCCCCAAAGGCACAGACAACACCCUUCUGGAAAAACUUCACAGCCAGCAUAUGAGCAACCACUACUAUGUAAAGCCUCGGGUAACAGACCAUCAGUUUGGAAUAAGACACUAUGCUGGUGAGGUGCUCUAUGAUGUGAGAGGCUUUCUGGAGAAGAAUAGAGACACCUUUCGAGAUGACAUUUUAAACAUGCUGAAAGACAGCAGACUGGACUUCAUCUAUGACCUUUUCGAAAGAGUCUGCAGCCAGUGCAGUGAAGAGACACUGAAGAUGGGCACCCAGAGGCGCAGACCGACUGUCAGUUCCCAGUUCAGGGAUUCUCUCCAUUCCCUGAUGGCCAUGCUUAGUACUUCCAACCCAUUCUUCAUCCGCUGCAUCAAACCAAAUACAGAAAAGGCACCAAACCUCUUCAAUUCAGAUGUGGUGCUAAAUCAGCUCCGGUACUCAGGGAUGCUGGAGACAGUGAAAGUUCGAAGAGCAGGUUUCCCAAUACGGCGCCUUUUCCAGGAUUUUCUCAGCAGGUACAAGAUGCUUGUGAAGGGGCCAUGUCUUUCAGACAACAGCAGAGCUGUAUGUGCAGGCUUUCUUCAGAUCUAUGAUAGCAGCAAGAAAGGAUGGCAGUUGGGUAAAACCAAG